AUGCCCCUCCACGUCCCGUCAAACCUGGACAGCCCAGUGCUGUCUCUCUUUUCCCUCCAGGACAAAAUCGCCGUCGUCACGGGCGGAUCUCGCGGCAUUGGCCUGCAAGUCGUGACCGCGCUCGCUGAAGCCGGCGCCGACGUAGCAUUCAUCUACCACCGCAGCAGCGACGCCUCCAAGACCGCAGACGCCAUCGCCUCCAGGACCGGUCGCCGCAUACAAGCCUACAAAUCCGACGUCACUGACCGCAAGGUCAUCGCUGCAGCCAUCAGCCACAUCACGCAGACGUUUGGCCGCGGCCGCCUCGACAUCAUGGUGGCCAACGCCGGUGUCUGCCAAAACGUGCCGUCGCUCGAGUACGACGAAGAGACGUGGACGCGCAUGAACAGCGUCAACUACGACGGCGUCAUGUGGACGGCCCUCGCUGCCGGGCAGAUCUUCAAGGCGCAGGGCCGCGGGAACUUGAUCAUCACGGCGUCGGUCAGCGCGGGGCUCGUCAACGUGCCGCAGACGCAGGCCGCGUACAACGCGUCCAAGGCGGGCGUGCUGAUGCUGGCCAAGAGCCUGGCCGUCGAGUGGGCAGACUUUGCGAGGGUCAAUUGUGUUUCGCCGGGCUACGUGCACACAGAGAUGAUUACGACCCAGCCGGCACAUCUGCUGGAGAAAUGGCUUGGGAUGAUUCCAGGUGGGAGGACGUGUCAGCCGGCGGAGCUAAAAGGCAUUUACACAUUUCUCGCCAGUGAUGCGUCAUCGUACAUGACGGGCUCUAAUCUCAUCAUAGACGGAGGUUUCACGCUACCAUGA